AUGGACAGCUGUAAUAUGGAAAAAACUAGCCAGCUGUGAAAUGUUGUGUUCAGAGUUCAGGUUAAUUUAUCUUUCGAUUUUGAAUUUGUUUUGAUGUCCUCUCGUGUAUGUAAUUUUUGUUAUUCUUCACUUGAUAGAGUAUUUGUUGUCUUAAUGCUUCUGAGAACCAAUGAGGUCAGACUUUGCAGAUGAAAUUGCCAAGAAAUGUCUGGCGCACUAUCAAAACCUACCUAAGAAGGGAAAACCUGUCCCUGACAAAGAAUGGACUUUGUUGUCAUCAGUUGUCACUUCACUGGACAGAAAACUGUCAGUUGUCGCCAUGGCGACUGGCACCAAGUGUCUCGGACGCAGUGGAAUGUCACCAAGAGGUGACCUUGUCAAUGACAGCCAUGCUGAAGUUCUGGCAAGGCGCUGUUUUCUGAGGUAUUUGUAUGACCAGAUCUCGAAGUUCAAGCAAACCGGUGAUUCUGAUAUAAUAACAGGACUAGAUGACCAACAUCGAUAUGAGAUCAACUCAAAAGUUGAAUUCCAUUUCUACACCAGUCACGUACCAUGUGGUGACGCUGCUAUAAUCCCAAAGGAGGAAACUUGUAAGGGAAAGAGAAAGCUUGAAAGUAAUGAAGAGGUAACGACAAAAAGAAAGAGGAUGGAUGCAGUUCAGCCCAACAAAACUGAAUGCUCUCGUGAUAUAGGCCCUCUCGAUGCUGGAGAUUCAGAGAAGAAGGGUGUAGAAGAUGAUAUAAUGGAAACACUGGACCACUGUGUAGGAGAGGUAAUAGGUGACGUGUACCGCACAGGAGCCAAGUGCGUGACAGGACAGGACAGCCGACUGCCGGGAGCCCUGUACCAUACAGUCGGUGCAGUGAGGACCAAGCCAGGCCGCGGGGACCCGACACUGUCUGUGUCUUGUAGCGACAAGAUGGCUCGCUGGGUCGCUUGCGGCCUUCAGGGUGCGUUACUGUCACUGCUGUUAAGUCGGCCAGUCCUUUUGUCUUCAGUGGUGAUCGGCAGCGGUGGGCCGUACUCGCAGGACGUGUUGCAACGUGCAAUCAUCACACGUACUGGGACCUCACAUUCUCCUCACCUUCUACACAGCUCUGUCAUCUUUCCUCAUUCCAGGUACAACAAUCCCACAUCAAGGCCCUGUCCAUCUAGUAUCCUGUGGGCACUAGUGCCUCAUAAACCACUGGAAGUGUGCGUGGAGGGGCGAAGGCAAGGGGUGACUAAGAAAUGUCGUGACAACGGUCGUCUUAUGGUAUGCAAAAUGGAGCUGCUGAGAUCUUUUCUGGAAGUGUCUGGAGACAGGUUCCAGAGAAUGGCUUACAGAGACAUCAAAGCGUCAGCCGAUCAGUAUCGUAUCAACUGGACACAGACCAGGAGCAGACUCGGUGCAUGGACCACAAAGCCUUAUCACCUGGAACACUUUAAUAUUAAUGAAUAAAUUGUUACAUGAGAAUUUUA